AUGGCAGACCCGUCAACACCCAAAAUAGCACCGAUAAAAAUAAAAUUAUCCCUAGGCUCAAAACUCGCUACUCCCGCUCCUACCGCUGCCCCUAGUACACCCACUCUCACUCUCACCACAGGUAGAAAGAGGAAAGAGUUGCCUCAUGACAACGAUCAGAAUGAAGGUGUUCCAAUCUCCACUCCUGCUGGGGACGAUGGAAGCAAGAGGAAAAAAGGUAAAUCAAAGGUACCUAUAUCGACACCUGUAUCUUCUACCCCUGUACAUGAAAUAUCGUUGAACGAGGAAGAUGAGAAUCAUGCUGGACCAUCAAGGAUCACUUUACCCACCUCAUCUCCCUUAAUAGGACAUCAACCCAUUCCGAACGAAUCUCCUCUUACUGCAGCUCCAUCAACACCCACUCCAUCUACAACGAGAGGUAGGCCUUCAAAAUCAAAUACUGGUACUGGUAGUACGACCAAGAAGAAAACCCAAACGCAAUCGAAAUCAACUCCACGGACAUCCAAAUCUAAUUCGUCCAAAGGGAGAAAAUCAAUAUCGAGACCAUCGGCUAUACCUUCAAGGUUAUUAUCUGAAAGUAUCUCGACACCUUCCAGAUCAUCUUUACCGUUGGUGCAAGUAUCAUCCGAACAAUCAAGUCCAUUUGAAACUCCCUCAAACACCAAUAAUUCUUCAGAAGCUACUUCGCCCGAUCCUCUUUCCUUGUCUAACCCAUUAAGUCCAUCAGCGUAUGAUGUUGAAUUACCAAAUGUUGGCACACCCCAAAAUGGUUUGGGAGAAGAUACUCAAAUGCAGACUCCUCAGAGUAGUACGCGUGGACAUAGAACUGGUGGGAAAUGGAUGAGAAUCAAGAGACCUCUGAAAGAGUUGUUGAAUAGGACUCUAGCUGAGAUGAGGAGGAAAGAUGAUUAUGCGCUUUUCGAAGAACCAGUCGACCUGGAAGCCUUCCCAGACUACCUGGCUGUCAUAGGCGGUGAAGAUAAGAUGAUGGACAUGGGUACGAUGCAGCGGAAAGUCGAUUCUGGGGAGUACACCAGUGUGGAGCAGCUCGAGGUCGAUCUGCAUUUACUUGUAAAUGCAGCUCAGAAGUUUAACCCACCCGGAUCGAUACCAUACAACUCCGCUGCUCGAAUCCUAACGAUUGGAAUGAAACACGUCGAAAGGUCCAAACCACUCGUUCUGACUCCUUCACCCUCACCUACCAGAGAAUCUGCUACUCCAUUUGGAAGUAGGGGUAGGGGUUAUUCCGUCCUAUCAGGAAGAGAGGGUACAGCUGCCCUCGAAGAUUCUCUCCGACGCGCCGAGGAGAUCCCGCCACUGUCGUAUAUACCUGAACAAAUGCUUGAUUUCCCCCCGAACUCCCUUCAGGCUCUGGCGGUAGGAUGGAACUUGAAUGGAGGAAAGAGGGUUCACGCCAAGAGAAUCGUCAGGAGUAGAGAAAAGUUUAGUGGGAAAUGGAGACAUUGGGAAAUUGACGGUACGAGAGAUAUAGCUGAGAUGGAUGAUCCCACUUUAUUACUUGAAAGGUGGAAAAUACCCAAAACAGAUAAAUUGAUCGAUUGGAAAGAAACAAGAAAUGCAGGUGUUGGGACCGGUACAGGACAAUGGUGGGAGAGUGAUACGAAUUUAUCCGGACCUUCGACUGUAGCUGGACAACCACCCAUUCCAUACGCUCCGUAUAAUCCUAGAUGGGAUAAGGUGGUAGAGAAAGAAUUGGGAUUUGAAAAGUGGGGUAAUGACCAUGAGAUCGCAGAAGAGAUGAAAUACCUUAGAAGAAGGAUGGGUAUGGUGAAUGAGAUUGAGGAUGAAGAGGUGUUGUCUGAACACCUCAGACCAAUCAAACGUAGAAGGGCAAACAGUAGAAAUGAUCAACCACCACCACCUGCUACGAUGAGUUUGACGAAUAUAUAUGAAGAUACGAGUAGUAAAUUUGGAAGAAAUUCGAUUGAUUGGAUUGGAGAUAUGACUACGGGCGGUAGUACGCAGGGAGAAGCUUAUCUGAACAGUGUGAUGAGAUUUGUCGAGGGAGCUAUGAAAGGGGCGAGUACGUCUGGUUCUCCAAUCGGAUCAAAGGUGAAUGUAAAUGAAGAAGAAACCAAACCUGUUGUUGAGGAUCAAACGGAACAAGAAGAUUCGAUACCACUAGAUGAAUAUGUCCUCGAACAAUGGCAUGAUGGUAUCCUGUCUAAAUCCAAGGCACGUACGAUAUAUCGUCAAACUAUACAAGACUUAUCCAAACCAUUACAUUGCCGUUCUGAAUGGAUCAGAAAGAUGACCUCAGAUGCUUAUGCUCGAAUCGCCUUAAGAGAAAUGACCUUACCUACCAAUCCGUUAGAUAUCAAGCCUCUCUUGAGGCUGGAGAAUGAUUUCCUACAUCAAGGGGUGGGUGCGAGAGUAGGCGGGUCUCAGGGAAUUAAAAUGGGUCUGGAGUGGAUAGGGGGAGAGAUCCAACGGUUGGAUAAGGAAAUAAAGGAGAAGGAACGUCAGAAAAUGGCGAAUGAGUAUGAUAAGAGAAAGAAGCAGGGCAACGGUGAUGUUGAUAUGGAUGAUAUUGAUAAUAAGAAAAUCAAACUGGAAGUUCAAAAUCCGAAUGGGAUUGAACAACCAAAAUCGACUGUCUCUUCACCUCUAUCAUCAGCACCUGCCUCACCUCAGUCACCUGCUAAACCUGUCGAUAUCAAUCCACCUAGUAACAAUAACACUUCUACUGUUUUUCCGACGCCAUCGGUAGAUCCAGGAGAUACCGCCUCUCUACGAAAACUCCGAUUGGAACUAGUCGCCUUGGCGAAAUUCUAUCCUCUACCUGCUUUGAAGAAGAUGAGGGAUUACGAAGCUGCCAAAUUACUUCCAUUCAAUGUAAGGAGUCUGAUGAUUGUUCCGGAAGAUCUGAAGAAGGUUGGAAAUACGAAUACGACUGGGAGUGGGGGUGGGAAGAUGAAGAGUGGCAAGUGA